UGGCCAGGGUUUGGUGCGGAAUGAAAUUAAGCGUGAGCAGUCGCGUGGGCGUGCAGGCGCUGAGUCGUCGUCUUCAACAUAAUAUUCAACAGAUGACGUGAAAUCCGGUGACGUUGUGACAGAUACAAACGUUGGCUGCUGACGUUGGAGCAACUCCGUGAGUGAUGCCAUAGCCUGGUUCCAACAGUUUGCGUUUCGCUAGGAGACUUCCAUUCAGCAUGGAUAAAAAUAGCAGCUUCCUGCUGCAAUCCGGCGCUCUCUGAAAAAAGUCAACAGGAAUACGCAGGCGCACGGCGAAGGCGAAGCAACCCCUAUCAAUCCGUAUCAACGUAGUUCCAUGCCAACAGAAUGUGUCGGGAGUGACGGCAAGAAAGGGAACGGCAGCGUUGCAUCCACAUCAAGAAGUGGCCGUAAGGCGGCGCCGUAGGCGGCGGACGAGACUAUCUGCCAGGCGCCUCCCGUGUUUCCCGUCAUAAAGCUCACGAUACUGCGUCGUAAAGCAUACCGGCUUGAUUCGGAGUGUUUGCGCUUCAGCAGAAAACAUGACAUCUGUAAAGCACAUAAGUGGAUUUUCGAAUGCGAUGGAUUGGCGUCCAGUUGAGUUUGUGGACCUUCUUCCGGCUCGGUGCUGCUGUUUAUGCAACGUGGUGCCCAAAGAGACGUUUAUCCUGGAAUGUUCGCACGCGCUCUGUAACCAGUGCUACCAAGCGGUUCUGCAAGGUAAGCGACAGUGUCCCUUGGACGGCGGGACAAUUCAAGAGGAAGAAGUGCAAGGAUUUACCUUCAAACCGAGUCAUCUUAAAAAACAGAAACUCCGCUGCUGCAAUUCCAGCCACGGGUGCGACUUUGUUGGAAAUUUAGAAGAUAUCACGACUCACUUUUUGAACGACUGCGAAUUCCAUGUCGUGUCGUGUAACAGAUGCCAUGCUACAGUGCAACGUCGUGAUAUUGUCAGUCAUUGCAGUGAACAACGAUGCCAUACUGUAAGUUCUUCAAUCGAGGGAAGUCAAGUGAGUGCGGACAAGAACGACAUUGAGACCAAGAUCGAUGAAUCGUUAGAAACUGUCAUGCAGAGAUUGUGCGCGAUUGACACGCAGGUUAACAAUCAUGCUGUUGGCAUUGAUAGUGCAAAGGUGGUGUUAGAUAAAGUGCUAGAGCAACAAGGCCGAACAGCAGCGUAUAUGACGCAAGUAGCCGCAGGUAUCAAUUCCUUGCAGAGAAACUAUGCUGAGCUUCAAGUAGCCUCGCACUCAAACACGCAGAAAAUUGAAGAAUUCGUCGGGCUUUUCAUUCGAAUGGAUGUCAAGCUAGACAUAGUAAAGCAUACUGUGAAGUUUGGAACGAAUGAGGUAUGGUGUCAUUUUCGUGAUUUCGAAAUGUUUCUUCGUGAAGGUGAGAUUAAGGAGGAGGCUUGUCGUUCUACGGAUGCUUUCCUGCUGUGCGGGUAUUGUGCGCAGCUAAACAUGGUGCUGAAACAUCAGCGUGAUAGCAUGUACCUAGGGCUGUAUCUCAUUAUCGGUGAAAGCAAGAAUGAUCUAUUAAAAUGGCCACUUUUGAAUGUUCACCGUUACAUUCUGCUACAUCCUAGUGACCAGCUGAAGAACAUUGAGAAAAGUUAUGAUUACAGAGAAAAGUUCCGAAGUUUCGGAGUUUCAGCUAAUAGGAUGAGGCCGACCUCCACGGCAAACAUUGCUUUUGCUGAUUUUGAGUUCUGUACGCUCGGCAAAAUCAGAGAUGGUGGCUUUAUAGUUGACGACGCUGUUUGUAUCGGUGUUAUCUUAGGAGUUCCCGACUAAGUCUGCUCCAAAUUCUAUUGCAUAUACAGGAUGUUUCACCUAAAAUGUUAAAAAUUCAAACUGGUAACUUACUCCCCGGAGGAUUGUGGGACUUUCGGCAAUUAAGGAAUUUGAAAGGAAGGAAUUUGGAAUCUUUUGGAAGGUUCUGGACAGUUCUUAAUUGAGGGAAAUUUAUUUUUGAACGAACUUCGAAAAUUGCCAAGCCAACCUCUUGUUUUUUACAGAAAGAUGAAGUCGUCCCCGGAUAUACUCUAAAAACUGAACUUCGCUGCAUAGCACGCUCUGCUCCAACCAUUGCCACGAAUGAUCGGGUUAUCGCUUCUGAUUCGAAGAGAGAGGGGGGCGUACGCCUUUUUGUGUCAAUUUGGAUAUAUGAUAAUUGAUACAAAAGGUGUACACCUCCCUCUCCCCUCGAAUCAGAAGCGAUAACCCUAUAAUUUGUGGCAAUGGUUGGCGAAGAGCGUGAUAUGCGGUGAAGUUCAGUUUUCCGCGAGUGUAACCGCAGACCCAACAAGAACUAUGCACAGUAUAGCAACAGAAACAGUCGAAAAAAAUUAGUAGAAGUGCUGCUUUAGCCCCGCCUGCUUUAUUGUCGCAAAAAAGCGCGCUUUUGGGACAAUCAAGCAGGCGGGGCUAAAGCAUCACAUUUAUACUAUUUUUUUUAAUUAUUUCUGUCGCUGUACUGUGCAUUGUUUUUGUUGGGUCUAAAGUUAGCCGUGGAGGACCUCAUAUUUUCGUAAACAAAAGUAAGGUUCGCUUGGCAAUUUUCAAAGUUGGAUUAAAAAAAAAUAUCCUGAAUUAAAAACUGUUUCCACAAGGUAACUGCCGAAACUCUAACAAUCCUCCAGCCAGUACGCCGUCAGUUAGAAUUUUUUAUUACAUUAGGUGAAAACCGUGUACACAGGGUGUCCCAGAAAACGUGUCAUUGAAUUAAAAUAAAAAAACUACACCACCUAGAGUCAUGCGGUCAACGGCAUUUGUUCUUACUUGGUUUUUGCCACCUCCUGAUGUCGUGUAACGUAAGUUUAAUUAUGUAAAUUUUUGCGAAGUGAAGUCAGAAAUUUGCCAAGUAAAGGUUACUUUUUUACCCCACCAAUGUAAAGGGCGUACCUAGUUUACUCAAGUUGAUAAUUGACAAGGAUAUUCAGGAGCUAUCCCAUCGGGAAAAAUAGCUGAACAUCAUGCUCUAUGGAGGUCGCACGGGAUAGCGCGCGACGAAUUUUUUAGCGCAAUCGUUGUCAGUCCGACGAAAGGAGGUUGGAAACCCAGCCCACCCCAGCACCGCGGAAAGAGAUAACACAGGCAUGGCUUAUCGCGUCCGACUUUCGCUUUCCCUCUCCCCGUUUCAGGAACUGCUACUUUUUCUACUACCACUCUGUGGGUAUGGGUUUGGAACCUCGUUUCGUCGGACUGGGAGCGAUUGCGCUCCAAAAGUCAUCACGCGUUAUGGUCCGGUGCUCCGAAAAGCAUGAUGUUCGGCUAUUUUCUCCGAUGGGAUAGCUCGCGAAUAUCACUAUCAAUUAUCGUGAAUCUGAGUGAAUUCGGAACGCUCUUCAUAUUGGUGGGGUAAAAAAGUGACCUUUCCUUGGCAAAUUUCCGAGUUCACUUCGCAAAUAUUUACAUAAUUAAACUUACAAUACAUGACAUUCACAUCAGGAGGUGGCAAAAACCUAACAAGAACACAUGCCGUUGACCGCAUGAUUCUAGGUGGCGUAAUUUUUUUUAAUUAUAAUUCAAUGACACGUUUUUUGGGACACCCUGUAUAGGAAUGCAGGGUCUCCGAUGUUUCCUGUUUCCGUUUUCUUGCAACACACGUAGAAAUGUGUUCUGUGUUAUGUGUUUCAGUGACUCAAUAUAUUUCUAGAAUGGUUUGUACAGCUCCCGUCAACCUUAGUAAUAACACUGCAAAAAAUAUGGUCUCGUGUCCGAGUGCGAUCACAGCAACACUUGGGGCCAUGAGGAAAUCUUAAUUGAACAAAAUUAUUGUGUUAGUUUAGCGCGAUGAUUUUGUUCACUUAACAUUCCCGCAGUGCACUCAGGGUGACUGUUAUCGCGCUCGGAAAUGAGACCGAAUUUUUUCCAGUGUUAUUAUUAAGGUUGACGGGAGCUGUACAUUGAAUGUUCAGUACAAACCUCCCACUGAUGUAACGCCUUCCAGGCUUCUCAGACAUUAUAGAUGAAAUAUAUAAUUCGUAACAUGCGGGUCGAGAUUACACAAUGACUGCUGCCGUUUCUAUCAUGGAGAACCUAAGCAUGCUUUUGCGUGCAUGAACAGCAACAUUCUGUGUAACGCGUUUUUUAGUCAAAUAAAUGUGUCUUGUUUGAUAUGCA